AUGAAGGGCGGAUCCAAUAGGAGAUUCCUCAGGGCCUUCCUCCAUGCGUGGAAGAGGCUCGCCGCCGCCCAUGCGGCCGGCGGGUGGGCUCACCUCGACGCUGCCGGCGGCGAGGCCAUCCCGAAGGACGUGCCCAGGGGGCACACGGUGGUGUACGUCGGGGAGGAGCUGCGGCGGUACGUGGUCAGGGUGUCCUGCCUCGACCACCCGCUGUUCCGCGAGCUGCUGGACCGCGCGCGGGACGAGUACGACUUCGCCGCCGCGGACCCGAGGCUUUGCAUACCCUGCGACGAGGACAUCUUCCUCGCCGUCCUCUGCCAUGUCGACGACGAGCGAGAGUGGAGGCUAGCGUUGUGCAGCUGA